CAAGUCGCUUUGGAUAAAAUCGUUCAGCAAAUGCGUAAAUUAAACCGAGAUCGCAGUCAGUGUGUAGCAGUGAUUUCCAUUGGCGCGCUUGUGGUUCCGGGGAAUUAGAGGUUCGAGAGUUUGAGGAGGGGGGAAACAGAUGGCCAGUCUCGCGCUGUAGACAUUUCAUAUAUGGUCACGUAAUCAUGGCAACCUUGACGUGCCAAUGCUAAAAACAGAUCUGACACAGGCGCGUGGAGAAGGGUGACGAACCGUUUUGACGCUCGCGACUCUCAGGCCCUACACGAAAAAGACGUUACAAAUUAUUAUCUUUUCAUCCGCUGAACCUUGAAAACAAACAAAUCCCAGCGCAGAUUCCGCGUGCGCUCCGCGUAAUGAGCGUGAGUUUGGAUUACACGUUCCAUAGAAAGCGCGAGACCAUGGAAAGUUUGGAGAGGCAGCUGAUUUGUCCUAUCUGCCUAGAGAUCUUCACCAAACCGGUGGUGAUCUUACCGUGCCAACACAAUCUUUGCCGCAAAUGUGCCAACGACAUCUUUCAGGCCUCAAACCCCUACUUGCCUACGCGGGGAGGUUCUUCUUUGGGUUCUGGCGGCCGGUUCCGCUGCCCAUCCUGUAGGCAUGAAGUGGUUCUGGAUAGGCAUGGAGUGUAUGGCCUGCAGAGGAACCUGCUGGUGGAGAACAUCAUAGAUAUGUACAAACAAGAAACCAGCAGCACUAAACCAGAGCCAGCUUUGAAGAAUGAGGAGUUGAUUUGUGAGGAGCAUCAGGAUGAAAAGAUUAAUAUAUACUGCGUGACCUGCUCUGUUCCCACUUGUUCAUUAUGUAAAGUAUUCGGACGUCACCAGUCCUGUGAAGUCGCUCCGCUUAAAUCUGUCUUCGAGACUCAAAAAACAGAGUUGUCAGAUGGUUUAAGCGUGUUACUUGGAAACAAUGACAGAAUUCAGGGCAUCAUAAGUCAGCUGGAAGAGAGCUGCAGAUCUGUGGAGGAAAAUGGACGUAGGCAGAAGUCUCGCGUAUGUGAGUGGUUUGAUCGUCUGUACGCACUGGUGGAGGAGCGCAGAGGGGAACUCACACUGAAGAUCAAUGCAGAACAACAAGAAAAACUUGAUUAUAUCAGCGGCCUGCAGCGCAAGUACAGAGAGCACCUGGAUAAUUCUGCCAAAUUAGUGGAGACGGGAAUUCAGACUAUGGAGGAAUCUGAGAUGGCCACCUUCUUACAGAAUGCAAAGCCACUACUACAACAGAUAGAAGAAGGCAAAAAUGUGUCUCAUUUGGAAAAGGUGGAGCGUGGAUAUGAGAAUAUGGAUCAUUUUACGGCAAACUUCAAGAAGGAAAAAAAAGCAAUACUCAAAAUUGAAUUCACAAAGGAUGAUGAUGAUGAUGAUGACAGUGAAGAAGAUGAUGAUGAUGAUGAUGAUACUGAUGAAGAAACACCAGGUGAAACUGUUAAACCCGAGACGCAAGCAACCAAAGCAUCUACACCCACCUCUGCUCCGCAGAAAAAAAUCCCUGUAUCAAACUCCCCACCGCUGGAACCCGAGUCCUCCAAGAUAUCAUCAAAAUCAAACCAGUCAUUGAAUAUCACACCAGCAGAGACUGUGCCCUCGAUCAUGCCCACCCCAGCUCCUGGCCACAACCCUUCCACAGACACAAGUGCUCAAGUAACUGCCAGUCCCAGCCAGACAUCGGAGGACGGACCACGGCAUGUUUUCUCUUUUUCCUGGUUAAAUACGCCAAAAUAAGUUUGUAAAACUGCAACCUCAUUGUGAUGGCAGUCUCGGGGGAAAACUCACGAGUACAUCACUGCUUGCUUAAGACGUUCCAGAAAUGCCUGUUGUACUUUAAUAUAAUUUAACUAUAAUUUUAUGAGUUGAUGACAAGCAUAAAUAUGCAUUUCAUAGGUAGACAGUGAUUGAAAUGGUAAAAAUCACAAUUAUUUAAUAUAAAUAGCUAAUAAGCAGCUGAAGUACUACUGUAGCUGAUUGAAAAACAUUAAUAAAAGAUGAUUUAUGAAUGAA